UGUGUGUGUGUGUGUGUGUGUUCCAGUCAAUGUACUCGCACCGCACACACACCUCGGCACACAAGUCAGUCAUCAGACGGCCGCGCGGGUUUCGGAGAGCUGAAGGAGCCAAAAGCCGCGCUUGCUUCUGAGCACGACGACGUGAAAGAUGCUGUCAAGCCGCUCCGUGCUGGUGGAGCGCGGGUAGUGCGCGCCGCCCAGCUCCGGGACCCGAACCCGGACCUCGAACCCGGACCCGGACCCGGGAAUCAGCUCGCGUGUUGAGAGGAGAACAGUUGAUGGUGGAUUUACGACUUUUCCCCCCUUCCUGCUGUUUAUUGACAUUUUUAUGGACAUCACUUUUUUUUUUUUUUUGAAAUCCUCCUCUUGAAAGGUAGUUUUAAAUAACGCAACUUGGACCUUUUCCCCCUUCAACGCCGUUAUGGGACUUUAUGGGGUGCUUUGACAUCAGACUGCAUUCUUAAAUGAUAUGAUAGAAAUGAUUAUAUUUAAAGUUAAAUAGUUUUAUUUCUCUGCGUUGCCAUGUUCACACCGAACCAACGCUAAGCACGUUGGGAUAUUAUUUGUCAGCUGGCAAGGUAAAUAAUUUACAUUUGCAUGUAAAAUUCUUUAAAAAAAAACAUGUUUGUUGAGUUUUGCAAGCUAUUUAAAUUGUAGUUUGCAUUUUUUUUUUGUUUGUUACAUUAUUUUUGCUUUUACGGAUAGACUGCUAAACGGUCCUUCCGAUGUCUGGCAAAGUUGCCAUUAUGUGGGAUUAAUUGCAGAGUAGUAUGUUUGGUUCUCAGAAUAAUAGUAGAACCCCUGGCCAGCCAGAGAGAAACAAAAACCAACCCAGACUAAACAUGGGCUCUCAUUAUAAAAGUACUACUUUUCAUGCUGGAGGUCCUCCGGGGGCUGUGGAGCCUGGCAUGGGCCCUAUGAGUGACCCCCAAAUGCUCGGACUGAACAUGAACAUGAACGGAGAGCAGUACGGAGGGUUUCACUCGCGGGGUCACUCGGACAUGCAUGCAAGCGGCGGACUUCAGCAGCAGCAGCAGCAAGGAGCCAUGCAUGGAUUUUUUAACAACCAGCAACCUCAUCAAGGACAUCCUCACGGCCAUCAACCUCACCCCCACCAACAUCAUCCUCACUUCAGUGGGAGUUUUGGAGGCCCAGAGCCAGGGUCAUCAUGCCUGCAUGGUGCCAGGCUAAUGGGCUACAAUAACAAUGCCAUGGGACCACAGCAGGGCUUUGGAGAGGGAUUUGAUCCUCUCGCUGAGGGACAGGCAGGGGACGGCUUUCCGCAGCAGCAGCAGCAGCAGCGACCUGCUAACAUGCCUGACUUCCAACAUCACGGGCCUCCCAGUGGCAGCCAUGCUGUCCCUGCCCCCUGCCUACCCCUGGACCAGUCACCGAACCGGGCAGCUUCUUUCCAUGGCCUGCCUUCAUCUUCCUCGUCCUCCUCCGAUUCUCACAGCCUGGAGAACAGACGGCUGCCCAACCAAGGAGCUGUGGAGGGACUAGAAUAUAACUUCCCCGGUGACCCCCCUUCCGGACAUUUUGACGUACCUGUAUUUUCACCGUCUGAGUCAGAGUCUCAGCUACCCCAUUUUGGUCCAGGAAGAGCAGUUCCCAGCGGGAAUUUUCCAGGAAACCCUGGCAUGCCUCGGACACCGGGCAUGCAGGGCAUCUCCAAAGGACACCAACAACCGCCUCCGCAGCAGCCUCAACACGGAAUGUUUUUCGAGCGUUUUGGAAAUGGCCGGAAGGUGCCCGUGGGAAUGGACCCGGGGGUCAGUGCCAGACAUCCUCUCAUGCAACAGCAACAACAGGCUGGCUUGAUAGCCAGACAAAACUCAUGCCCUCCUGGCCUCCCCAGACCCCCUCAGGCUGAGUCUGGCUCCACAAACCCGAACAUUCUGGAUGGAGGGGUCAUGAUGAGUGGCCAACACAAUCAGUUUGAAUAUCCCAUUCACAGACUAGAAAAUAGGGGUCUGCAUCCCUAUGGAGACCCCAUGUUUAAUAUGCAACAGCCAGCUCCUCUUCCCUCCCAACAGCCCCCGAAUCAGAGGCUACAACACUUUGACGCCCCUUAUAUGAACAUGGCCAAAAGGCCUCGAUUUGACUUUCCCAAUGCGCAUAGUGGUGAAGGCUGGUGUGGUGGCAUCGAGAACCAUCUCUCCCCCUCUUCCUACCCAGGACUGCCUGGGGAGUUCACCCCACCUGUGAAUGAAGGUUUCCCACCAGGCCCACUGCAGCACACAGGGCCCGAGCAACAAUCUUUACAGCAGCGACAGAAUGCAGCCAUGAUGAUAAAACAGAUGGCCUCUCGCAACCAACAGCAGAGAAUGAGGCAGCCCAGUCUGCAGCAGCUUGGUCACCAUGGCGAUGUGCCUCCUGGCCCGAUGGGUCACGGCGGCCCAGUGGGGGGCAUGCCUCAGCCCAACUUUGACAGGGAGAAUGGAGGCAGGAUGGCCAAUGUUGAUGGACAAAAUCCACAUGUGAACCAGGAAAACUCCUGGUUUCAAGGGUCCCACCCUCCUGGGGAGAUGAUGUCAAGGCGUAUGGGUGGAGCAGGCAGUGACUCAGGGCCCCAUGACAUGGGUCUACAGCAGAACGGGCCUGGGAUGAUGUUCAGGCCAGGUAUGGGCAUGCAGGACGGGCAUGUGCAGGCCCUCCAUUCCCCAGGCAUGCACUCGCAAUUCAGCGGCAAUAUGGGUAACCUCUCACAAAUGCAGUCUCCAGGAGCAGGAGGAGGUGCAGGACAUCCGAACGCACCAGCAGAGAGACGACCAGCGGACUUCCCCGCACCUCCGAUGGGAGCGCAGCCACCGUUUCCUUACGGAGGGGCGAACCGUCAAGGGCCACCUCUCAAUGUAUCCCAGGGGGUGAACACCUCACCAGGGAGCUACCCUCCCCCGUCUGAGUUCCCCCCAGGCCAGCGGUCGUCUGUUAGCAAACUCGGUGCUCUGUCACUUGGGAAUUUUAGCAAAACCAGUGCUAAAGACAGUGUUUUUGGCCAGAGCUGCCUGGCGGCCCUAUCUACGGCCUGCCAGAACAUGAUCGCAAGCCUAGGGGCUCCCAACCUCAACGUAACAUUCAACAAGAAAAACCAAAACGAGGGCAAGCGAAAACUGAGUCAGACAGAGCAGGACAUUAAUAGCAGCACAUCUAACGGGACUGGCAGUGCUGGGCCUGAGUAUUUUCAGAGCAGCACUUCUCAGAACAACCAGCUGCCUGGCACUGGGAAUAGCAAUUCUAAGCCUGCAAGUCAAAACCAGACGGUGCAGGGGGAAGCCAGUGCCCUCUCCCCAAAUUACAACAUGGACGCUACCCCGUGCAAUGAGGGGAAGGCAACAACAGGGAGUGGGAGAGGGAGAGGGAGGAGAAAAAGAGACAGUGGACAUGUGAGCCCUGGAAUUUUUUUUUCCUCUGAAAACGGCAACCCUGUUGUGAGUCCAGGCCAGCAGACCCCUUCAGCUGGUGUUGGGGAGAGGGGUGGGGGCACACCCCAUGAGAAACACCUGUCGCCCUCUUGGGGGAAAGGAGGUGACCUAAUGUUGGGGGACCAGACUGACCUGAUGUCUUCUCUGGACAGUGGCAUUCAAAGUGUUGCCAAGUCUGACAGCAGCUCGCCACGAGUGGACUUUCCUGAUGAUGUCAAUGCCCACUUUGGCAACGAGGACGAGGUGUCCUCCAGCUCGGAUGCGGGAGGCUCCUCAGCCAACAAGCCCAACCGUAGCCCCAUGAUCAAUGGCUCACCCAAAAUGCAAAUAAACGGACAGAAACCCUUAAGCAUGGGCAUUAACAAUCAUACUACCUCGACGCCGGACAGCUACGGACUAAGUGCCGGAGCGGGAGCCGGCAGCAGUGGGGUGAGCCACCCGGGUACACCCGGGGUGGAGCAGGUACGCACCCCAUCCAGCACCUCCGGUCAGGAUGAAAUCCACCCGUUGGAGAUUCUACAGGCCCAGAUCCAGCUGCAGAGGCAGCAGUUCAGCAUCUCCGAGGACCAGCCCCUGGCCAUGAAAAACGGCAAAAAGAAUGGCGACUGCGCCUCGCAUAACGGAGACAACGAGCUGGCAAGCUGCAGCCCCGAUGCUGGGAAGGGCUCAAUGGGCACUAUUGACCUUGACAUUCUCAUGGCAGAGCAGCACGCCACCUGGUUCGUGCCCGCCGACAAGGCCAUGAUGGACGGGUCGGAGGACGACAAGGCCAUGGGACCUUGGGAGAAAAACAAGAGCCAAAACAACAAUAAAGAAGAAUCCGAGCUGUCCCAGAGUAAGGCUGGAGCGGGGCCCCCAGGGGCUGGCAGUGGAGGCGGCGGGAACCACCUUCAGUGCCUGUCCGUCCACUGCACGGACGAGCUGGGGGACAGUAAGGGCCGAGGAGGGCCCGUCUCUUCGUGGCGCUCUCUCCACUCUGAUAUUUCCAACCGAUUCGGGACGUUUGUGGCAGCACUGACUUGAAUGAAUCAAAUAAAAAAAAAUGUAAAAAAAAGCUGACCCACCGCAAAAGAAGAGGAUGAACUAAGGACAGUUCCGAGACAAAUAGCAAAGAAUGAUGAUUGUGAUGUGAUGUAAGAUGUCAGUGUGGAAAACUGCAAGCACCUCUUGCCUGUUCAGGGAGAGAGACGCUCACACAUACAUGCAAACACGCAAACACACACACACAAACACACACACACACAUCCAAAUAUUUUUCGUCACAUGCAGUCACUCGCUCACACACUGCAGGCUCCACGCCCAAUCUGGAAAACCUCAAGUCUACAUAUACGAUUUUUUUUUCUCCUUCCUUUGCGUUUAUUUGUUUUGUUUUGAAGUAAAUGAUGAGAUAGCAAAAGCAGAUCAAUUCAGUUACCACUGGCUGUAUUUGUGUAGCAGUGUUUUUUUUUUUUCCCCUUCUAUGUACCUCACAUAUACAUAGAAAUAUAAUGUAAAUAUAUACAGUAUGAUGAACCUUUCCAGUGUAAGCAGCUGCUUUUUUGCCCAACUUUCAUCUGAAUUGAUCAUAUCUUGUUCAUUUUCCACCCUCAAAAGAAGUGGAUUCAAUGCAGAAGCGUAUCAGAAGAAUAUGAAUAUGCAUGAAUGUAUGCUAUUUUUUAUUUUAUUUUAUUUUUUUUGUGGUGCAAAUAUAACUUAUUUGCCUCCAUGUCCAACCUUGUUCCUGUUUCAUUUGCUGCUGCUCAUCUUCAAGAUAUAGUUCCAUUUUUCUCCAACAAUUUAUUCAUGAGCUUGUCAACAAUUCAGCCAAUGGGAACUGAAACUGAGGUAUUUGCAUAGUUUUAAUAAGGGAAUUGAAAAAAAAAUGGCUAUUGGUAUUGCACAUGUAUAAUAAGAAAAAAAAAUUGCUGUGUGUUGGGCAAUCUUGUAAUCUUUAAAUAAUGCUUCUGUUGAGUUGGAAUUUCUGAAACUAUAGAUGGAGGACUGUGACAGCAAUUUAUGGAUUUUUUUUUCUUUUUUCUUUUGUUUACUUUUUUAAGAAUAAUAAGUAAAGUGCAGUUGUCUGUUUUCCUGCAUAUUGUAUAUAUCUGUAUAUGUUUUAUUGAGUAACUAAAUAACAAUAAAUAUGACGUUA